UGAGUAAAGCAGAUUGGGAAUAGUAGACUGCAGACAGAGACAGAGGGGACAGAAAAUCUAAUACAAAAAGAAGAGAGUUUAGAAAAAGAAAAGUUAGAACACAGGAACCUGAGCAAUACUAUAGGAGAAGAGGACUGCUUCUUCUUUGUGUGUAUUGUUGUGAGUGCGAGGAUGGCUGGAGUACGGCGAUGCAUGUUGGCAGUGGCGGUGUUGAUGUGUUUGUGUCUGUGGGGAUCCACUGAGGCCGCAGGGGGGGCUAGGAGUCGACCACGACCCCAAAGACGACCUCCCAAGAAACCAAAGGUCGAGCCUAUCGACUUGACCCCAGCUGCACAGAACAUAGACAUACAACAGAUGACAGGAACGUGGUACCUGCUAAACACGGCCUCCAAAUGCUCUUACCUGAUAAAUCAUGGAACCAAGGUGGAGCCCACGGUCAUGACCCUCACGCGUUCCACCGCCUCUGACCAAACGCUGUCUGUAAGCACAAAAACACGACAUAAUCACCAAUGUUGGGAGAUAUUACAGGUCUACCAUCUGACACCAACCCCAGGCAAACUAACACUUAAAGGAGCUAAUCCUGAGCUGAACACUGAGAUAGCGAUCGGGGAGAUGGACAACAACUAUGCGAUCAUGUACUACCAGAAAAGGGGCAAGAUCACCAUGAAACUCUACGGAAGGUCUGUUGACAAUCUGUCCGAGCCUAUGUUGACCAAGUUUGAGCAGCUUGCUGAAACACAGGGCUUGGGACUGGCAUACCUCUUCCCCUUCCCCACCUACAGUCACUGUGGUGCUGUGGACCAGGACCAUGUCAUCAACUGUGUCCCCACAUGCUGAGGAGGCAGACAGAUCCAACCUUGCAGUGUUCGACGGUUCUCAAGCGAAUAUCUGAAUAUUGUAUCAUUUACAAAUGUGCAGUGAGAAAGUUGUUUCGCACCAUGGUUUAAAAACAGUAAAACUUUAAAUGUUACCAGUUACAGAUAAAUAAAGCAAAAUGGAGCAAAAUCA